ACAAUAACUUCAGUUCAUCUAUACUAACUAGACAAUAAAAAAGGAAAAGUUUCUAUCUUUGCCUCUGAGGCUCUGACCCUUUUCUAAAGUUCUGGCCACCGGAAAUGGGUCUCCGGCGAUUACCCAUCGUCUCCUUUUUCUUCUUCUAUCUCUUGGUGUCUUCUCAGUCCCUUGAGGUUAAGUUUCGCAAAAGGCACAAGAUCAAAGGACCCAUCAAAACCGUCGUCGUUUUGGUCAUGGAAAACCGUUCUUUCGACCACGUCCUCGGCUGGCUCAAAGCGACCCGACCCGACAUCGAUGGUUUGACGGGAGAAGAAUCGAACCGGGUUUUCGUCACUGACCCGGAGUCUCCCAAAGUCUUCGUCUCUGACGAUGCUCUGUUUGUUGACUCCGACCCGGGUCACUCGUUUCAGGCGAUUCGGGAGCAGAUAUUCGGGUCUAACGACACCACCGCUAAUCCGCCUCGGAUGAACGGGUUUGCUCAGCAAGCGGAGAGCAUGACCCCUGGGAUGUCGAAGACUGUCAUGAGUGGUUUCAAACCAGGAGUUUUACCAGUUUACACAGAGUUAGCGAACGAGUUCGCCGUAUUCGACCGGUGGUUCGCGUCGGUGCCCGCGUCGACUCAGCCGAACCGAUUCUACGUCCACUCGGCGACUUCCCACGGCGCCACGAGCAACGUUCGAAAGGACCUCAUCCAUGGCUUCCCUCAGAAAACUAUUUUCGAUUCCCUGGAAGAGAAUGGUCUCACCUUUGGGAUAUAUUACCAGAAUAUCCCCGCGACCCUCUUCUACAAGAGCCUCAGGAAGCUCAAACACAUCGUCAGUUUUCACAGUUACGCCCUGAAAUUCAAGCUUCACGCCAUGCUUGGUAAACUUCCCAAUUAUGUUGUCAUCGAGCAGCGUUACUUUGACGUUGAGCUCUUACCGGCCAACGACGACCACCCGUCGCACGACGUGUCACUUGGGCAGAAGUUCGUGAAGGAAGUCUACGAGACUCUGAGAAAAAGUCCCCAGUGGAAAGAGAUGGCCUUGUUGAUCACCUAUGAUGAACAUGGUGGGUUCUAUGACCAUGUACCCACCCCUGCUUCUGGGAUCCCAAGCCCCGACGGGAUAGUUGGACCCGACCCGUUUUAUUUCCGAUUCGACCGGUUGGGUGUUCGUGUUCCGACAAUACUGGUUUCACCCUGGAUUGAUAAGGCCACUGUGAUCCAUGAGCCAGAUGGGCCAACCCCUUCUUCACAUUAUGAACAUUCUUCAUUACCUGCUACUGUAAAGAAGCUUUUCAACCUCAAAUCAAACUUCUUAACAAAAAGGGACGCAUGGGCUGGUUCAUUUGAGAAAUACUUCUAUAUCCGUGACACUCCACGUGAUGAUUGCCCAGAAACUCUUCCCGAGGUGAAGACAUCACUGAGGCCCUGGGGACCAAAAGAAGAUGCAAGGCUCUCCGAGUUUCAAGUUGAAAUGAUUCAGCUUGCGUCUCAACUCAAUGGCGAUUACGUCCUCAAUACGUACCCAAAUAUCGGUGAAAGCAUGACAGUGGGUGAAGCUAACAAGUAUGCAGAGGAUGCAGUGAAGAGGUUCCUAGAAGCAGGAAGGGCUGCUCUUAAAGCUGGAGCUAAUGAAUCUGCAUUAGUCACUAUGAGACCUUCACUCACUAGCCGAGCUAGUGCUGGAAGUUACAGCUACAUUGAUACAUAUUGAUUGAACUUUUCUUUCAUCUUUAAAGUGUUUGUAAAUAUUUAUAAAUAUAAUAUAUGAUUGGUGACUAUCAAUUAGGCUAUAAGCCUUUCCACCAUGCCAGGAGUUAAUUAUAUGAUGGAACAUGUUUGUGAAAGUUGUUCAUAUCACAUGUCUGUGCACAGAUCAUAUAUUGUCUAUUUUUAUACAAUGGGUAUUUGAACCCUUCCCCUC